CUUCCUUUCUGUCUAUUUUUAUAUCUUUUGUAAUAACAAGUGGUAGAAUUUAGAGGCACACUACCUUCUGAGUUCGGAGCACAAAAGCAAGAUCUCAAAACAUAAAUAUAAAGGGAAAAAAAAAUAGCGAAGAAUAUGUGCCACGCUUUGCGUUGUUGAUAUAUAGCCCAACCAAUGGCGGAGGAGAAAAGAGAAGAGGAAGUAGCGCACCCCAACAACUCAUCAUCCACCACCAUGCCAUUUUCCGAUGAGAUUCCCAACAACAACAACUUGAUGAUGACUUUCCCUUUCCAAGUACCACCCACCAUCUUCGACGUCAUGAUGAUGCCUUCGUCUUCUUCUUCCUUCAUUGACCUGCUCGGCGUGCAGGACUACAACGCGCCGUUAUUCGAUUGCCUUCCCGGCGGCGGAUACCGCCCUGCGCCGUCUCCGGCGAGCUCCAACGUCCCAGACUCCUCCGAGGUGUUGAACACGCCGGCUGCGUCGCCUAAUUUGUCGUCGAUUUCGUCGUCGUCGAAUGAGGCUACGGUCAAUAACAACGCCGAACAGAGUUUGAAACCUGGGAAUGACCAAGAAGAAGCAGAAGCAGAGGAAGAAGGUGGUAAUGGAGGCAGAGGAGAUGACCAAGAUCAAGACAAGACUAAGAAACAGCUGAAACCGAAGAAGAAGAACCAAAAGAAGCAAAGAGAACCGAGAUUUGCGUUCAUGACAAAGAGCGAGGUUGAUCACCUAGACGAUGGUUAUAAGUGGCGCAAGUACGGCCAAAAAGCUGUGAAGAACAGCCCUUAUCCCAGGAGCUACUACCGUUGCACCAGCGCGGGUUGCGGCGUUAAGAAGCGCGUGGAGCGUUCCUCCGACGACCCUUCCAUCGUUGUUACAACCUACGAAGGGCAGCACAGGCACCCGUGCCCUGCUUCGGCACGGGCUAGCUUCGGCUUUGUGUCCGAACCCAGCAGCUUCGGAUACGCCGGUUCGUUUGGUCCCUCACACUUUAUGCUGCCACAUCAGCACCACCAGCAAGCACAAUCUUCGGCUUUGAUGUAUAAUAACUCCACCACCCCUCCUUUGAAUGUUGUUAGCUCCAGUAGUACUAGUAACUACAUGAACACGACGUCGUUUGGUGGAUUUGUUCAGGAUCACGCGAACCGUCAUGGUUUUGGGCAUGAGGCUUUGUUGAGGGACAAUGGGCUUCUUCAGGACAUUAUUGUGCCAACUCAGCUUGGUAUGGUUUGUAAUGCUCUCUAACUCGAUUGGUGUUGCGUCUGAGGGGUUUUGAUUUCUGUUUUAGAGGGUUAAUGUGGAGAAAACUACCUCGGCUAGAUUUGAGUUCAUAUGAAACCUUUUUGGAGGUUAACUUUUAAAAUGACUAUUGCCCUUGUAGCUUAUUAUGGAGGUUUCUGAUUUUGUUAAUUUAAUUAUUAUUUUUUAUGGGAUAUUCUUUGUAAUUAACUAGAGAUUUGUUGGAUGUUCAGACAUUUGCUGUUUCAAUCUUUUCUCA